AUGUCCCUCCCCUCCACCCCAACAUACACCUUCUCUAUCCCCUCCAUACACGACCGCCUCCGUCUAGACUGUCGCAUUUAUCUGCCCCCAGAUCUGCGCAAGCGAUUGCUCCACGGCAGUUCCAGUUCCGAUCGACCGUUACUGCGCGGGGCGAUCAUCGCGCAUCCAUACGCGCCGCUGGGAGGAUGCUUUGAUGAUCCGGUUGUGGGGGUUGUGGGUGGGGAGGUACUGAGGUUGGGGUGUGUUGUUGGGACGUUCAAUUUUCGGGGCGCUGGUGGCUCAGAAGGACGGACGAGUUGGACGGCUAGGCCUGAGUUGGCGGACUAUGUCUCUUUUUAUGGGUUUAUGUUGCUCUAUUUGCAUUUUCUGGGGGAGAGGGCAGUGCAGCAGGAGGGAGGAGGGGAUAGGGGCAAGAUAGGGGUGAUUUUGGGUGGGUAUUCGUACGGGUCGAUGAUUGCGUCGCAUUUGCCGAAGCUUCAUGAUAUCGUGGGCUUGGUGCGGAGGUCAUCGCCCGAGUCUCCUUUUCAUGAGAUUUACCAGGUUGCGGAGAAGUUGUCGCUUUGUUUGAGCUUGGGCGAGGAAAUGAAGCAGCCGACAUAUCGUCCGGCUACAGUGGAGGAGAUGAGAUCCGCGGCGGACAGUAUCAAACUCACUGCUGCUGUUUCUUAUCUCCUUGUGUCGCCGCUUCUGCCACCGGUUAAUCAAUUCUUGACGCUGUUUUCGAAGAUGUCGCUUGAUGCAAGUGCGCAGACAUCAUCGGCACCUGGGCAAGGGAAACAGGGACAGAUACCCUGUCCCAAGCCAGCCGAUCAACUGUGUGCGCAUGAGACAUUGGCUAUCUUCGGCGACGAGGACACAUUCACGUCGGCGAGUAAAUUAGAAAAAUGGUCAGCCGAACUGGCCCAUGCACCGGGGAGUAGGUUCCAGGCGGUAGAGAUCGAGGGAGCCGGCCAUUUCUGGAGAGAACAUGGUGUCGAGGCUCAGGCGAGACAGGCUAUCCGGGACUGGGUGUGUCAGAUGUCGACAUCUUGA